CACCAUCUCGUCCUCGCCCCACGCCACCAUCAACACCAACACCCCGAUCGAUCGACCCAUCCAUCCAUGGCGUCCUCCAAGAUCUCCCUGAAGCUCCUGAUCGACAACAAGGCGAAGAAGGUGCUGUUCGCGGAGGCAGGCAAGGAGUUCGUGGACUUCGUCUUCAGCCUCCUCACCCUCCCCAUCGGCGCCGUGGCGAAGCUCGUCUCCGCGGGCACCAUGGACGGCAGCGUGGGCCGGCUGUACGAGAGCGUCGACCGCAUGGGCUCCUCCUACCUGCAGCCGGGCACGGACCGCUCCGACCUGCUGCAGCCCAAGGUGCUGCACCCGGACGCCCGCGAGCUCCUCCUCCUCCGCGGCCGCGGCGGCGACGACGAGUCCCCGAUCGGGAGGUUCCGCCUCUACACCUGCGCGGGCUACUGCGCCACCGCCGCCGCCGAGGCCAACGUUACGUGCCCGCAGUGCAAGCUGCUCAUGGCCACCGAGGUUUCCUUCGUCCUGCCGUACGCCGCCGCUGCGGCGGCGGCGGCGGCUUCUUCUUCCUCGGCGCCGGGUGGCGACGAGGGCGCAGGAGGGUACGUCAAGGGGGUUGUCACCUAUAUGGUAACCGACGGGCUCGAGGUCACCCCCAUGUCGGCCAUCUCCAGCAUCACCCUCAUCAACAAGUUCACCGCCGGCAAGGACGUCGAGCUCGCCGAGAAGUUCGUCACCGUCGGCACCGACGAGGGGCUGGCUCUUCUCAAGGCCGUGCUGCGUUCGGACACCGUGCUCUCGGAUGUCUUCCUGGCUAGGAAGAAGUGAUCGAAACUCAGCUGCUGAUGCUUGUCGUUUUGCUGGGAGAGGAACCCUUGUCGAAGCUUGUUUGGUGCUGCUGCUGUUUAAGUCCUAAACUGCCAUGUCUGCUUGUUAUCGUUUUAUCGAUGUAUCAUGUUUGAAGACUUUCAGUCCGAGCUGCGUCUGUCAGUUUCAGAUUGGUCAUGAUCAUGCUCGUAUGCAUGUAAGCUUGUUUCGAUUCAGUACUACCGCCUUCCAGUUUGAUCUGUUAUUGUGAGCAUCUUAGAAGCUAUGAUCUUUACUUAGUCAUGGUAUU